CAACCGUAGGAUACACACAGCUCAACAACAAGACAAUGAAGUAGCUAAACUAAACAAGUGAUAACUUUAGAAUGAGUUUAAUUAUUAAUAAAGUAUUUAUAUUACAAAAUGGUGUUGUGAGGAUUUGUGUUGUGAUUUUUGACUAAAAUUAAGUGAAGUGAUAGGCUAUCCACGUCAAUAGGAAAAAUUGAGACUGAUAUAACCUCAAACGUAGACAUAAACAAAUAAGACCAAAGAUAAAACAUGUCGGUCGAAGGCGUAAUGGUAUCUUACAACUACUCCGAAGACGAGGAGCACGCGAACAUUCUCACCGUCUCCGCGUCAGGCAUCAGGUUCUCCAAGCGUUGGGUCCUCACCCACGGGUCCAUCCUCUCGCCUCUACAGCAGGCCAGCAUCAUACAGAAGACCAAAGGGAAACCGAUACUGAAUGAGGAGUUCUACAACAACCUGCCAGAAAUCUACGUCACGUGUGAGAAGAGGACGAAUAGCAGUGGUCUGUACGGAGGAGUCGAGAGGCUGAGCAGAGAGAGGAACUUGGACAACGAUGUCGACUUCGAACACAGCAGUUAUAACAUGCGAGUGCUGACUGGCAGGAUAUGCCACGUCUGGCAGUGCCCUAUCCUGGACAGGUGCGUGGACGAAAUCCUGUACUCCUGGACCAUCGGCCACAGGGACGGGGACGUGGAGAAGCAGACGCAGCUUGGGAAAGCUCUGCUGUCAGUCUUCGUGCUGGUUGACCUCGAGAGCGAUGACAGAGCUCUGAAAACGCUAAGGCCUCUAUCAGAAUUGCUGGACAUGGUACGACCGCCGCCUGAGAGGGGGUCUUCGGUAGAGGUCCACUCUACACCUUUCGGUUGUGAGGUAUUUCUAAACGCGGUAACGAGAGGCUCCAUCUGUGGUAUUGUGGGUAAGAAGCCUUCGCUUCUGCUCACCGACGCGGGAACAGCGCUGGGCUCUGAAGGCGGGCCUAUCUUUACUGAAGGGCCUACCAAAGAGCUGAUCGGCUGCAUAGUGUGCAGCGUAUCAUGGUGGCGAGGGGAGUGGGUAGGGCUGACACUGGCCGCGCCGCUGGUGUCCGUGCUGUCUGCCAAGCUGAGGGUCCCGCCGCCGAAGGUCAUGAGGGCACUGCCCUCGCAUCCACACGCUGAGAUACUUGAGCGUAUCGACAGCACGACCGUCCUGGUGAGGUGCGGCGGGGAGUGGGGCGCGGGGGUGUACGUGGGCUCCGGGUUCGUCCUCACGUGCGCACACGUCGUUAAGAAAUACGCAAGUAACAAAGUGUCCCUCUACUGCCGCGGCGUAAAGGAGACAGCAAUAGUCCGGUACAAGACGACGGACGACAAGGCUUAUGACCUGGCGCUGCUCUACACCAACCCACAGCAUUGGGGCCACCUCACACCAGCUGUGUUUGCUGAUGAUGCUGUAGAAAAAGGAGAGUCGGUGCUCGCAGCAGGCUACCCUUACUACAACGAGGGCAACCUCGACGACCUGAAGCCCACGGUGACGUCAGGCCACGUCAACAACGUGUCUCCUUCCAUGCUACAGACCUCGUGCUGCAUACAGUCUGGCUUCAGUGGGGGGCCCAUAUACCGGCUGACCAAGAGCAGGUCCCUGAUAGAGGUCCUCGGCAUCAUCGUCAGCAACACUAGGACACAGACAGGAGCCUGCUACCCAUACAUCAACAUGGCUGUACCAGCCAAAGCUUUCAAGAGUUUACUUCAUAACUUCUCCUUAGAUAAAGAUAUCUCCAAGCUGCGAGCGCUGGAUAACAAUAAAGAAAUAGUCCAGUCGCAAUGGAGGCUCCUGCCGUAUAGGUCAAAGAUCUAGCUCUUAAUCUUCUUCAUAAUAUAGAACAAAAUUGUUGAUACAUUUUAUCGACAGUGUGGGCCUUUAAGCUCCUGUCUGCGUAUAUUUAUGUCUGUCUACCUACACAUCAUUUGCGAGAGAAGACUCACGAAGACUGUAGUGCCAUUAUACAGGUUGUCCCAUAAUUAAGCAACUCAGCCUGACAAUGGAGCUAGUCGAACAAGCCUAGUACCUAUUUGGGAUUUUGCGACAACCUGUACGAGUAUAAUCGCGGCCAAGCGGUGUUUGGUAUUCUAUAUGCUUUAAAAUUGUAUAAAAAUAAGUGUGGCAUUGUUAAAUUAUACACGGAUAGCUUUUUAAAACUAAAUGUUUGGUGAUUUGUUUCUGUGAUGUUUGAAGGUAAAUAUGGGUAUUAUUCGGUCAUUAGAUGCAUACUGCAUCCAUGCAUUUGUUAAUUGGUUUAUGAAGUUUAAUUGGUUCCUAGUGCGAAUAUUGAUCAUGGAGACUUGACUCUGUGUGUGGAAAGCGCUAUACGGUGUGUGGUUUUAGAUUAGACAAUUAUUAUUUAAAUCGGCCGACUUGAAUAAUAGGUACAAGGCGUACUUUGGAAGUUUAGAGACUAGUUAAAUUCAAAAUUUUCAGUCACUUGCUGUAGUCACAAAUAAUUUUAAAUACAUACAUUCCUUUAAAAAAUGUGCUUGAUCUUCAAGUCAAUUUUAUUCAUCAUGACAAGAUGCUGGCAUCAAAACCUUAUUAACUAAUUAUAUGUUUAAGGCCACCUAUUACAACAAAUAUGCCACAUAAUUCAGCUUGAUGUGAGCCUCUGAAAGACACCAAAUGAACUGCAUUAGUUAGUGUUUAGUUAUCAUGGUUGUAUUUAUGUAGUCAAAGAUGGUUAUAAAUUAUGAAGACUGAAAAUUAUUAGUUAAAGCAAUGUUUUUAACAGAAAAUAUAAAAUAUAUUAAUAAUA